CCAACCGUGACAGUCACAUUUAGUGCUGUCAAAACACACAACUAAAAUUUUUGCAAUGAAAUUUUAUUUUUGAUAUUUUACCCUAGUAUUUAAUUUUGUAGUAAUUUUUAUUUUAGCUAGUAAACAUGGCGAUGGCAGAGAAGAAAAACGAAUACCCACCGGGGGUUGAAGCUGAUAGAAAACUGUUAUGCUUCGAUACGUGGGAAGACUACUUAGACUCGCUCAUAGAAAUCGCUGAUCUUCGGAACUUGAGGAGUAUAGCUUCUGCUAGGACUAUUGCUGCACUUGGAUACAGAGCCUACGGUGACACAUUAACUGAGAAAGAGUUUUACACCCGCCGAGCUUGCAUUCAUGAAAUCGUGUACCCUAAGGGAAAGCCGUAUGUGCUGGUCAGUGAAGGAGCAGACUUGGAUGAUUCCUUCAAUAGGGAACUAGCUGUGAGGGAGCGAGCGAAUAGAGUCGGGAUUCUACAGUCCAUAAUCUUUGUACGUCACUUCACGAAAGGUGGCUUCGAGAUAUCAGGGUACAUAGACUACGCCCACAGACUGAUAUCAGAGAACUGGACGCCUUUCUUCAAGCAUGGCAAAACUUUAUGGCCUAGGGACAAUGACCUCGGGUAUUAUCACUGGCGGCAUGGCACUGUGAGGAGCAAUAUCAGUAGGAACUAUAAGCCGGUAAUGGACCCCGACAGAGGCCUGCUAUUCCAAAAUCGUCACGACCACAAGAUUAUAUGCCCGGAUCCCCAACAGGACCCGGGUCAGAAUACCACCAAGCAAAGGGUUUACUCUCCCAAUUAUACACAGAUAGAAAUAUAUGACCAUGUCGUACGUAGACGAAGCUGACAGAUUUCUUUAAAUGUUAUGGUCUUUUUGUGGAAAUUACUCACUAAACAUAUUUAAGGCUACAAAUGACAAAAAAAAUUUAUAAAAUCGUGCGAUUAAUUAAAAAAAAAUGGACUUAUACUGGAUUACACUGGAUGCCGAUCCCAACAUAGUUGGGAAAAAGGCUCGGAGGAUAAUUAAAAGAAAAAUAUAAAGAAUGAUUCUGAGUCUAGUGCUAAAUAUGUUUAGUGAGUUGCUGGUUAAAGCCUAAAGAAAAAAACGUUUGAAUUUAAAUAAACUUUAAUCGUCCUUUAUAUUCUAAAGUGUUUUUUUAAAUGAUUGAUCAAAAUUAAUUACAGUUGAACAUAGUUCGACGUCGUGAUUGUCACAUUCAAAGUUUAGCGUUUAAAUAUAAACUUAAAAAUUAUAUUUAACCUAAGUUUUGGACUCAAACUAACAAUUUUAACAAUCGAUAGCUAACAACUAUACAUAUUAAACCAACAAGUCUGUUAGAUGCCUGUUUUACAUAACUAAAUAUUUAUAAUCGUUUAUUUUUUAAGAAGAAUUAUAUAUUAAAACAAUUUAUUAAAUUUUUUGUCUUUUAUUUUUUGUUUCUGUUAUUGCAUUUUUUACUGUCCCUUUCUUUUUUAUAAUCUCGACUUAACUUUAAUUUUCACUUCAGGUAUUUUGAAAUAACAGGCAUUUAUUGAUUAAAGUAAACACUUAUUCCAACUUAACUUUUAACAACUUACAAAUAUCUAGCUUAACUACAUUUUAAUUAUUAAAUAUUUACUAUACAACCAAGUCGAUUAACAAAUUAACUAGAACUAGAAACAAUUAAUAUUAAACUAGCCGCUUCCUACGAUUU